GCCAAAAAGAGUGCCUGACGAGCCUAGUUCAAAGUUGACCCAGACAGUAAAGCUAGUUCCCGGCUACGAGCCCCACACGGAGCCGCGGACCUGACCGAGUGGAACUGGAUUGGACUAGACAAGGCUUGAAUUUUUCUGGAAGUUCACAUCGAUCGACCACAGCCUGGAUUUCUCCAAUCUGAAUAUUAUCAUAUGUCCCAGUGAUUGACGUUGUGUGGAUCUCUCCAUCACCAUGAAGCUGUCUGUGUUGUUGCUGUCGGCCCUGCUGGCUCUGUCCUCAGCCAGUCUGCAGGACAUUGUGAAGAAGAGCAUACAACUCAGAAAAGUGUCCUUACUGAAACCAGAGGUGGAGGGCCGGGUCCCUGAACCAACUGGUAACAGAAAGGUGUUGGGUCCUCUAAAUCCUGCUGAUCUGGAGCAGCAACAGGAUCUGCCUUCCUCCUUCCUCUUUGGCGAUAAUGUCAACCUGCAGUGGCUGACCUGGGAUGGAUCUCUGCCCAAUGGAACCAUUUCCAUUUACAACGGCUAUACCGAGCGUAUUGACUAUGUCUGCAAGUACAAGUGUGAGGCUGGCUUUUAUAACCCUAACCUGGGACCUUACUGCCGCUACCCCUAUGGUGACCGUGAGUAUUACGCCCCUGAGUUUGAGAUCCUGGCUAACAAGGACAACUUUGAAUUCCUGGAAUGGAAGGAAGGCUCCUACGGUUCACUGCCACAACAUUCAGUGAGGACGUGUGCAGGAGUUGACAUCUACGUUGGAAAGAACAAGUAUGGUCUCGGGAAGGUUGUUCCUCAGUUUGAGGCCUUCUUCUUGCCCUGGGAAGGUGAUGAGUACUGGUAUAAGAACUACCAGGUCCUGGCCAUCAACAGGGACGCCUACACCCAGCACAUCUCUGAUGUUAAGUACAGCAUUGAUGAGGUCACCAUAUUCCAGUAUCCUCCUGAGACCAUGCAUAUCUCUGGUAUCACCAACAAUGAGUGCCAGACAGUGGUGAAGACAGUCACCAUUACAAAGACCUCAGAGGUGGAGACUACCUGGAACAUCGGACGAGCCACGAUGCUUGGUGUCACGGGCAGCAUCACAGCCGAAAUCCCCUUCAUCGGCUCCGGGGGCAUUGAGCUUGGUGCUGAGAAGACGCUGCAGUUCUCGAGGGGAACCACCGUAAUCGAGACGCUCAGCCACUCCGUGUCUGUGGAGCUCACAGUCCCACCAAACCACACAUGCAAAGUCCGCAUGGAGGGACGCAAGAUCAAAGCCGAUAUCCCCUACACGGCUCGCCUCAGCCGAACAUACCGCAACGGAGAAACCCAGUGGACCACCAUCACCGGGACGUACGACGGAGUCCAGAUCGGAGAAGUCCGGGCAGUGGUGGACCGGUGUGAACCUGUCAUAGAUGCCAAGCCUUGCCCCUGAAAGGCUGAGAUAAGAUACAUUAGAUAGCAAUUUUCCAAUGUUAUCUGAUGAUUGUGAUAUUGGAAGCAAAUGAUAUAUCACAAUAAAAAAUACCACUCAUGUCUUUGUUGGAAAAUUUAUAAUAUCUUUCAUGUGCGCAAGUGUAUGAGUUUAUUCAAAAAUAAAGCAAUU